UAUAUUUAUGUUAGGUUUAUACUAAGAUACUUGAAUAAGAACAAUGAAGAUACUUCUACUAUUCAACAUAAUUGUCAAUGUUGUUAUUCUUGCACAACAUUUGGAUAACCAAUUAGAUGAUAUAUGGAAACAGUGGAAAUUAAAAUAUAACAAGACUUAUUCAACCAUUAAUGAUGAAAUCAAUAGAAAGAGAAUAUUUAUGAAACAUGUGGCAAGAAUUCAACAACAUAAUCUACAUUAUGAUUUAGGUUUAGAACAAUAUACAAUGGGUUUAAAUCAAUUUUGUGAUAUGGAAUGGAAUGAAUUAAAAACAAUCUUAUUUUCUAAUGGGUUUAAUAACAAUAACCCUUUAUGGAAUGAUAACAAAGAAGAAGACAACGAAGUGGAAGAAGCGAAAGAAGAAUUCGUAUUGUCCAAUGAACCAUUACCAUUAAAAUGGGAUUGGCGUCAUUAUGGAUUAGUUACAUCAGUGAAAGAUCAAGGUAUAUGUGGAUCAUGUUGGGCAUUUUCAACAACUGGAUCCAUUGAAGGUCAAUACAUGAAAAAAUAUAAAAAAUUAAUUAGUUUAUCAGAACAACAAUUAAUUGAUUGUACAUAUCACUAUGGAAAUCGUGGAUGUCAUGGUGGUACAAUGGAUCAAUCAUUUAAUUAUUUAAAAAAAUAUUCAAUUGAAUCUGAAAAUGAUUAUCAAUAUAAAGGUGUAAAAUCAUCAUGUCAUUAUCAUCAAUCAAAAGGUAUUAUAAAAAUAAAAAAAUUUAUUGAUUUACCAACAAGAGAUGAAAAAAAAUUACAAAGAGCACUUUAUCACUAUGGACCAAUAUCAGUUGCUAUAGAUGCAUUACAUGAUUUUAUAUUUUAUAAAAGUGGAAUAUAUGAAUCAAGAUAUUGUUCAUCAUCUAUACUCAAUCAUGCUGUAUUAGUUGUUGGCUAUGGUACGGAACAUAAAAAAGAUUAUUGGCUUAUUAAAAAUAGUUGGGGCACUGAAUGGGGAAUGAAUGGAUAUAUCAAAUUACGAAGGAAUAAACAUAAUAUGUGUGGUAUUGCAACAAAUGCCAGUUUCCCAAUAUUAUAAUCUAUUCAUUAUUCUUUUAUCUUAAAUAAAAAUAAACAUACAUUAUGUUUCUUUUGUUUAAAUUGAAGUAGUUAAAUGGAUGUGAAACAACAAGUUACAAUGGUCAGUAUAGGAAUAUGGAGAUUAUUAUUAUGUUUUGAAUUGAGAUCACGAAUCGAUUGAUGUUAGAUCGCCAUUGAAAACUUGGAAGUAAUGGAUGGCCAUUUCGUUUAAGUUCGAGACUCCUUAGCAGUGUGCAUCCACGAUCCUCUUCAUGGGAUUCGAACCAAGGGCCUUCAGUCUUGCUCGUGAAUGCUUAACUUUUAGAUCAGUGUGCCGGCAUCCGAAAGUGUUAAUGUCUAGCUUGAACCAAUCCACGAAAUUAGGCGACCAUCUUCCAUCUGUUCACUAGUGACUAGUUUCGUGAGGAAA